AAGUACAUGCAGAAAAACAUGCUGAAACAUACAGAUGGAUGCUUUCUAUGACACCCGAUAGAGCGAGAGAGAGAGACAAGAGAGCAUGCGGUCCUCAAUGCUAAUCAAACCCUCCCCAUCUCCUUUCAAAUGAUAUUCAUACUUAUGGUUGCUCAACCACCUCUCCACCCCACCAUCAGCCUAUAUAAAGAAUAUCCUCGUUCAUGGACUUUAUUAUCACGACACAACUAGCCAACAUAGACAGUAACCCUAACAGCCGUCUGCCCCCGGGGAGAGCAACCGGAUAAUAAAAACGGACAGAGGCUAAUUACAAUUAAUUGACAAUGCAAACGCAGCUAUUAAACUAGUCAUUCUCAUUUUAACAAUUCAGAUGUCAAGUUAUAACGUUCUAAUGAAGAUGAAGUGAAGAGGCAGAACAACACCCCGUCUCUACAAACCUUCCAAACUCUGAGCAGACACCUGUUUCAGACAGGCACGCGACAAUGUAUCGGUCCACAAAAGGAGCAUCGAAGGCUCGGAGGGACCAAAUCAACGCAGAGAUUCGGAACCUACAGGAACUGUUGCCCAUCUCCGAUACUGACAAAGCUCGACUCUCCUACCUACACAUCAUGUCACUUGCCUGCAUGUACACCAGAAAGUCUGUAUUCUUCGUUCAAGACGCUCUUCAAGACGAGACCAUGGACUUCAUGUCUUUUCACGAGCUCUCGGGGCUGAUGCACGAAUUGUCAGGUUUCAUGCUACUCCUAACAAGCGACGGAAAACUUCUGUAUCUAUCAGACAACGUCGCAGACCACCUUGGGCAUUGUAUGGUGGACCUGGUUGCCCAGAGUGACAGUGUGUAUGAUAUCAUCAAUCCUAUGGACCACUACGUCAUGAGGAGCAACAUUGCAGGUCUACCAAUGACCACUACUGAUACAGACAGGUUAUUUCGAUGUCGCUUCAAUACCACAAAGUUCAUCCGGCGGCAAGGUGCAGGGAACAAGUUGAUGCUGGUCAGAGCUCGCUGCCUCACCCCACCUUGCCCUGUCUCUAAUUACUGGACCUCCAACCCAGUAUGGGUGUGUUUCUGUACCCCUCUGAAGACAAAAACGUCUAACCUCACAAUCGCCAAGAGUGCCCCCUUCACCCCACCCCCUGAGCACGCCUUUCCGCUAGCUUGUUUUCACUCUCAACACAACAGGGACAUGAGGCUUUGGGACGUGCAGGACAGUGUGAGUGUGUACCUGGGCUAUGAUGUGGAAUCUCUACGCUCUCGCUCCUGGUACAGCCUGGUUCAUCCCAGGGACCUCUCCCAUGCCUCUGAACAGCACCAUAUCAUAUUAAAUGAAGGAGGGCAGGUGGAGAUGGUGUUGCAGGUGGAAACAGCAGACCACUCCUGGGUCUGGCUCUAUAUGGUCCUCCAGCUGAACAAUGGAGAACACCCCAUCAGCUGCCACAACUACAUCAUCAGUGAGUCAGAGGUGUGGUCAAUACGCCAGCAGCUGUGUUUGGAGCAGAACCAGUUCCCUGGGUAUUUGGGUUCUGGCCAGAGCCUGUCUAGUCCAGACCAGGUCUUCAGCAGCAGUGGCCUGUCUGCACUUUCUUUAGACUUCAGCCAUGCCACGUCUGAUGUGAGCGCUUGUGAGGAGCCAAUGCAGCCAGUUGGUUAUGGUCCUCGGUCCAGCCUGUCAUCUCUGGAUGAGGAGAACUUCCCGCAGACACAUGGAGGACAACACCAGUGGAAACCAAAGUCCAGCCAUCUCUCUGUUGGGCCAACCACUGUGUACCCUCCUGCCUCACUGACUGAUCCUGAGUCUGAUAUUCUGUCUCUGCGAAUAACCUCUCAAUCUCUAACCAAUAUUUCAGACCCUCUCCCCUCCUCCCUCACUGAGCCUCUUGCCCCUCUUACUAUGCCCCACCCUCAACAGAUUGGGGAGCUUGCAUGCACUCCCCCGUAUACCCCUCAUCUUGAAAGUGGCAGUUUUCCUUUUGGGGAGCAACUGCCACUCAGUUUAGUUCACAUCAAUUCAGCUGUGUCAUGCCCAAUGACCCAUGAAAUGAUUACCUCAGCACUCAGAGCACCAGCCUUUUCCCAGGCCUUCUCCUCUGAUCAUCCUGAGCUGUUUUCCCCAGCAGAGCCUCAUAGAAAGCUGCCCCCCACCACUGAUAGUUUUGGGGGAGAUGAAUGCUCCAUCAUGAGCCUGCCACAGAUUAUGGGGCCUUUGUAUGUGGAUGUUUCCCACAAUCCCUUCUGUGGCCCUCUGAAUGAGCUCCUCCUUACCCCAGCGGCAUCACCCACACACCCGCCCUGCUCCUUCCUCUCCAUAGACAGAAAGCAGGAGAGGGAGAAUGAAGAAAUUUCUCUCUUGGCUAAAUAUAUUAGCUCUUUAGCUGAGGGAUUUUGCUGUGACCCGCUUCUACCCGGAGUGACCCCAUCCACUUUGACUUCACCCAGCCUUCAGGCCACAUCCCAGAGUUCCUCUCCUCCUUGCGGAGGUGAGUGCCAGCCCUGGAGGGGGCUAGACCCGCCCCGUAGCCGAGAGGAUAUCUCUCUGUAUGAGGAGAGUAUGUUACUUGAGAGCCUAAUUGAGGCGCUCUCAUCGUUCCCUUUGUCCUGCUCUUCAUGCUCCUCUUCUUCCUCCUCUUUGAACUCCUCCUCCCCUUGCUCACCACUCACUCCAGUGAGCAGGUGUAACCCCAGCCUCAUCGAGGGUGAGUCUUCAAUCGGUGUCAACCAUUUCCAGUCAACGCAGUGUAACUGCUUGGCAGUGGGUGGAGCUUUGAUGGUCAUCAGGGUGAUGGAUAUGGAGGUGUCAGAGGAGCCUCCAUCUUCACUACCAUCAUCAGCCAUCGUUCUCACAGCCUUCCAGGAGGGUGCCUCUGCCUUGGUCCAUCCGGCCCCCACCAUUGGUUUGCCCAAUGCCCAGUCCUUUCUGGAGGAACUGGGUGACAUGGGACCUCUGUUUGAGGCAGAUGCCUCUUUCACCCCGUCUUGGGGUAACAACCUGAGUUGUAUCAACUCCCACUCAACCAUGCAUUCAGAAAGUUUUCACCAAGAUGGAAGCUUGCGUGACCCUGCGUUUUAAAAUAAGUCUAUGACUGACUUCAUUCUGUAUGGCAUAUUGUCAUAUUUUAAGAUGCAGCUUUUCCUGUAAAAGCUGAAUGUGCAAAAUGUAUCUUCAGAAAGAUGAAAAUGUAAAUUCUCCUAUCCAUAUUUCAGAUACUUAAAAUCCAAUAUUGUAUAAUAAUGUUUUCUGAUGAUUCAGUUGUACAUGCAUUACUUUGAAUUGAUUUUAUUGUUAAGUAACCUCAUGAGAGGUAAUUUAAAGUGCCAUAUAUAAAUUCACUCAUAGUGAGGAAGGCAUUUUGAAGCACACAAGAUCACAUCGCACAAAUGUAUCAUACCACAACAAUUUUGUUUGGUUUUAUCUAUAAAGAUGCAGUGCUUGUUUAUACACUGAUUUACAUGUUGGUUGACUAGGGUCUUAUUUUGUUGAAAGGAUGCAUUUAGGUUUGAAAAUCAUGAUGGGUUGUCUUUCAGCAUAUGUGCUCUUCGCAUACUGUGUUUGUCUGAUCUAUUUAAUAUAUAUUUUUUAUAUGACUGAAAGUGGAGUGAAAAGUGUGUAUUACCAGUGUACUGAUAAUAUGCUGUACAUUCAUAUAUUAUAUCACUUUCUGAUUUAUUUUAUCAGAAAAUGUACAUUAGCUAGUAUAUUUAAUAUAAGUGAUGGACAUGUGUUGUUUAUAGUUGCCAAUGCAUUUG